GCGCACGUGGCUCUCACAUCUUGAAUCUCAACGACCACGUCCUCCCCAGUCCCCAUCCUCUCACUUUCAGCCAGCCAGCCGCUGUGUCGACGACCGCACACGACGCAGCGUCAUGUUCGCAGAUGAGCUCAAGGCCCUCCGCAGGCUCGGCUUCCGCCAUGUCCUGCUACAAGUCCUCAACUUCAUCCAAGUACUUGGGUCGGGUUUCAUGAUGUGGAAGGGCCUUGGGCUCGUCACGAAUACAGAGUCGCCAAUCGUCGUCGUUCUCAGUGGAUCUAUGGAACCUGCGUUCUACCGCGGUGACCUACUCUUUUUGACGAAUCCAGUGGAUCAGCGGUAUGCGACAGGUGACAUUACUGUGUACAAGAUCCCAGGCGCGGACAUCCCCAUCGUCCAUCGAGUACUGGAAACGCACGAUGUGGUCUCGAAGCGCGCCGACUACGUGGCUGCAAGUCCAUUGGCACAACCUCAGCUGCUGCUGACGAAGGGAGACAACAACCCCGUUGACGAUCUUGACUUGUACCAAGGCUUGGAAUGGCUGGAGCGGAGACAUAUAAUCGGGAAGGUGCAGGCCUUCCUUCCGUAUGUCGGAUAUGUGACCAUUGCCAUGAACGACUUCCCGCAGCUCAAAUACGCGCUGUUAGGGGGUCUCGGCUUGCUCGCUCUUAUACAGCGCGAGUAAGCGUGUGCCUUCGCUUUCGCUGUCGCCCUCGCUCUGUCGAUGUAUUCUUGGUACUGGGUCAACUCGGAUUAAUUAUUAGCUAAUGCCUCCGCUGGUUGACCAUUGUGGCGCCCGAUGGCUUGACAUGAGAAGAUCGAAAGUUGUACUGCAUGCGCCAUCUGCUGAGCUGCUUUUCUCGUGACUAUAGGGCCCUCUCACAUUCGUGG